CAAAGCUCCCCGAACGCCCCCACGAGCUGUUGGCUGUGUCCUGUGCAAACAUGAAUCUUGAGGUGGCGCUGGCCAAUGGUGAGCGUGAGGCGGCGGCGGCACGAGCCUUCCACGAACUGCCCGCGUGGAGGCGGGCCCUGAGGCGCAUCGUGCCAGCGCUGCUGCUCACCCUCAUCAUCGAGCUCUUUGUGGCCUUCAUUGUCUCAGAGUAUACGGACACCUUCAAAAAGUAUACCUUGUUGAUUGCCUUCCAGCCCGUGAUCUCAGCCCUCUCCGGCAACGUGGGCCUCCAGACCAUGGCCACAAUCACCCAGGGCCUACCCCUGGGCCUUUUCCACGGGCGAAGGAUGGGCCAGGGCAUGGGCCACGAGAUGAGAGCUGGGGUGUUGGUCGCAGGUCUCCUGAGCUUCAUGCUUGCUGCGAUCGCGUUCCUGUGGUAUUCUCCAAUGGCACCUGGCCAUUCAUGGGGAGGAUCACUCGCCUUUGGGAUGGCCAUUUUCUUUGCCCAGUUUUGCAGCUCGAUCUCUGCCAGUGUCACAGCAAGCUUCGCCCCACUGCUCUUCAACCGCUGUGACUGGAAUCCCGCUGAGUGGGGAGGGCCGUUCGAGACCGCCUUCCAAGACGUGGUGGGCAGCUCAGUGAUGCUGGCAGGUUCUGCGGCAAUCCUCGCCCAAUUCGGUGAUUAUGUUGAAGACUGCCCUGGGGGUGACGUCAAAGAAUGUGUGAUGCUGUGCCAGGCGGGAGCCAGCUACGACGAGAAGUGCUUACAGCACUGCUUGGACCUCGCCUUGCGAGGUCUUUGCUGAUGACCGAUCCAGGACCCAGGACCCUUGCAACCACAGAAGUCAAU